AUGGCGGAAGGUCAAGCACAGCCGACGGCGCAACCACAGCCUCAGCAGCCAAUCCUGCAAUGCCAGAAGGUCUCGGAUAUCAUUCGUAGCUUCCGUCCUACCAAGGCAUUCCGAGGCCCCAAGCAGGAUACUUCCAAUUAUGUGACGUCGCUAGACUUUGAUGACCAGGGUGAUUACUUGGUGGCAUCCGGCGAUGAUGAAACUAUCCAGGUCUUCGACAUCAAGGAGGGCAAAUCUACAAAGUCGGUCCCCAGCAAAAAGUACGGCGCCCAUCUAGCCAGGUUCACCCACCACAGUCGUCAGGUCCUUCAUGCGAGCACCAAGGUUGAUGAUUCCUUGCGCUUGUUAGACCUUCACAAUGAAGGCUACAUUCGCUACUUCCAGGGCCACACCGACAAAGUCACCUGCUUGGCUCUGUCUCCGGGCAGCGACUCCUUCAUCUCAUGCUCUAAGGACGACACAGUUGCCCUCUGGGAUCUCGGCUCUCGCAAUGCGCAAGGAAAGCUGAAACUCGCAACUCCAUACCUUGUGGCCUUCGACCCCUCCGCCUCUGUCAUCGCCAUUGCCUCCCAAUCAACCGCGUCAGUCCUUCUCUACGACCUCCGCAACUACGACAAAGCUCCAUUUUCCAGUUUCGAUCUUGCGCCGUACGAAGAACGCUAUACGCCUUCUACCCGAGGCAGAGGGUGGACUCGCCUGGAAUUUUCCAAUGAUGGCAAGCACUUGCUGGUCGGAACCGACUACCAUGGACAUUUCAUUCUCGAUGCUUUCGAGGGCACGGUUAAGGCCUUCUUGGUGGGCAAAGCCGGAUCACCCGGGAGAGCUGCACCGGUAUCGACAACCGGGAAGCCUCUCGGUCAGGGAGAUGCGUGCUUCUCACCCGACGGGCGAUACGUGGUUGGUGGUUCGGGAGAUCAUUCCGAUAUGCUAGUGUGGGAUCUACAACAAUCUCCUCCAGAGCCAAACGGUCUAUUGCAGCCAAUGACUAGACUAUCACAUCGCGGACGGACUGCCAUCGUUGAAUACAAUCCGAGGUACAACAUGAUUGCGUCUGCCGACAAAGAGACUGUUUUCUGGCUUCCAGAGGACCCUUCCAGAUCUUCUGAAAAGUAG